GCCGGGACCCGCUCUGCGCGCGGAGGACCAGGCCGGCGGCCGGCGACACCGGGACCAGGACGCUGAGACGCGCCCGCCGCUCCAGCCCCGCCUGGGCCUUUGCUGCCUUCAGGGGGACAGAAGAUGACGGGACGGGCCCGCGCCAGGGCCCGAGGUCGGGCCCGCGGCCAGGACACCGCGCAGCGCAUUGGGGCACCCUUGGGUCAGCAGCCUGGGUACCCCCAGCCGAGAUUGCCGCAGCCCUUGACAGAGGGGGAGUUGUUCGGCCGAGGACGACAGAGAGGAGCAGCAGGGGCCACAGCCAAGUCACAAGAACUCCAGAUAUCUGCUGGGUUUCAGGAGCUGUCACUGGCAGACAGAGGAGGGCGCCGUAGGGACUUUCACGAUCUCGGUGUGAACACGAGGAAGAACUUAGACCAUGUCAAAGAGUCCAAAACUGGCUCGUCGGGCAUCAUCGUGAGGCUGAGCACCAACCACUUCCGGCUGACGUCCCGCCCCCAGUGGGCCCUGUACCAGUACCACGUGGACUACAACCCGCUGAUGGAAGCCCGCCGCCUCCGCUCGGCGCUGCUCUUCCAGCACGAAGAUCUCAUUGGAAGGUGUCACGCUUUUGAUGGAACAAUCUUAUUUUUACCUAAGCGACUACAGCUCAAGGUCACGGAAGUGUUCAGCCAGACGCGGAACGGGGAACGCGUGAGGAUAACGAUCGCGCUGACCAACGAGCUCCCACCGACAUCACCCACCUGCCUGCAGUUCUACAACAUCAUCUUCCGGAGGCUCCUGAAGAUCAUGAAUUUGCAACAGAUUGGACGGAAUUACUACAACCCACAUGACCCGAUUGACAUUCCAAAUCACAGGUUGGUGAUCUGGCCCGGCUUCACCACCUCCAUCCUGCAGUACGAGAACAACAUCAUGCUGUGCACGGACGUCAGCCACAAGGUGCUGCGCAGCGAGACCGUGCUGGACUUCAUGUUCAACCUGUACCACCAGGCCGAGGAGCACAAGUUCCAGGAACAAGUGGCCAAGGAGCUGAUAGGGCUAAUUGUCCUUACCAAGUACAACAACAAGACAUACCGGGUAGACGACAUCGACUGGGACCAGAACCCCAAGAGCACCUUUAAGAAGGCAGAUGGCUCUGAGGUCAGCUUCCUGGAGUACUACCGGAAGCAGUAUAACCAGGAGAUCACCGACCUGAAGCAGCCGGUCCUGGUGAGCCAGCCCAAGAGGAGGCGGGGCCCUGGUGGCACCAUGCCCGGACCAGCCAUGCUCAUCCCCGAGCUCUGCUACCUGACAGGUGUGGCCCUUCCCCGAGGCCUGAGCCCCUCCCCUUGCCCCUCCCUCCCCUUCCCCCUCCCUCCCUCUCUUUCCCCCUCCCUCCCUCUCUCCCCCCUCUCUCGAGACUGGGGCUUGAGCUUUGACUCCAACUUGCUGUCCUUCUCGGGAAGAAUUCUGCAAACAGAGAAGAUUCACCAAGGUGGAAAAACAUUCGAAUAUAACCCACAGUUUGCAGACUGGUCAAAGGAGACGCGGGGCGCACCGCUCAUCAGUGUGAAGCCGCUGGACAACUGGCUGCUGAUCUACACGCGCAAGAAUUACGAGGCAGCCAACUCCCUGAUACAGAACCUGUUCAAGGUUACGCCGGCCAUGGGCAUACAGAUGAAGAAAGCCAUCAUGAUUGAGGUGGACGACAGGACGGAAGCCUACCUCCGAGUCCUGCAGCAGAAGGUCACCUCGGACACGCAGAUAGUUGUCUGUCUACUCUCGAGUAGCCGGAAGGACAAAUACGAUGCCAUCAAAAAGUACCUGUGCACGGACUGCCCCACGCCCAGCCAGUGCGUGGUGGCCCGCACCCUGGGCAAGCAGCAGACUGUCAUGGCCAUCGCCACCAAGAUUGCCCUGCAGAUGAACUGCAAGAUGGGUGGCGAGCUCUGGAGGGUGGACAUGCCGCUCAAGCUGGCCAUGAUCGUGGGCAUUGACUGCUACCACGACACCACUGCAGGCCGGAGGUCGAUCGCAGGCUUCGUGGCCAGUAUCAACGAAGGGAUGACCCGCUGGUUCUCCCGCUGCGUCUUCCAAGACCGAGGCCAGGAGCUGGUGGACGGGCUCAAGGUGUGCCUGCAAGCGGCACUGCGGGCCUGGAACAGCUGCAACGAGUACAUGCCAAGCCGGAUCAUCGUGUACCGGGACGGUGUGGGGGACGGCCAGCUGAAGACACUGGUGAACUACGAGGUCCCCCAGUUCUUGGACUGCCUCAAGUCCCUUGGGAGAGGCUACAGCCCGAGGCUGACGGUGAUUGUGGUGAAGAAACGCGUGAACGCCAGAUUUUUUGCUCAGUCUGGAGGAAAACUUCAGAACCCCCUGCCUGGGACUGUCAUCGACGUGGAGGUUACCAGGCCCGAAUGGUACGACUUCUUCAUCGUCAGCCAGGCUGUGAGGAGUGGCAGCGUGUCCCCGACACACUACAACGUCAUCUAUGACAGCAGUGGGCUGAAGCCGGACCACAUCCAGCGGCUGACGUACAAGCUGUGCCACAUCUACUACAACUGGCCGGGCAUCAUCCGGGUCCCUGCUCCAUGCCAGUACGCACACAAGCUGGCCUUCCUGGUGGGCCAGAGCAUCCACAGGGAGCCCAACCUGUCCCUGUCCAACCGCCUCUACUACCUGUGACUUCGCCCGCUGCCACCUGUGCCCUCCUGGCUGGCCGAGGAAAUAGGGCUUCCCUGUCGCCUUUCCGGUGAAGCUUGGGAAGGGCCUGGAAAAGCUAGAGUUAAUUGUGUUGCUAUUCAGUUUGGCUUCCUUCAUAGGUAAAAGUUAAGGCUUUAAAAUUAUAACUUGCUGGUUUUUCAUAAGUGUGUUAUAAAAAAUGUUUGUUUUGAAAAAUGUGAAUAAGGCACUCUAAAAUCAACAGACUUUCUUCAAGAAGUGGGCGAGUAGCUGGGCGUGGUGGUGCACACCUGUAAUC